AAUUCCAAAAUAUUUGAGAGAUUUUCGGGUCUAAACCGGAUUCAAAUCCGAUUCAUCGAAGAAUCUGAAUUUUCUCAGGUUAAACUCAGAUCGCUCACUUCUCUUCGAUUCGAGGAUCUUCGAGAAAAUCUAACCAGAGUAGUGAGAAUGUUUACUAAUAAUCAAAGACAAGAAGAGCGUACUGGAAAAUACGGAACACCAAGGCUUCAAUAUCUACAGGAGCUUGUGAGUCAGUUUCAGAAUGCGACUGAUGAAGAAACGAAGGAGAGAAUUGUCGCAAACUUGGCGAAUUUUGCCUAUGAUCCUUACAACUACACCAUUUUACGUCAGCUAAAUGUAUUGGAACUAUUCAUAGACUGUAUAACAGAGCCAAACGAGAAGCUUGUAGAGUUCGGUAUAGGAGGAAUAUGCAACGCUUGUGCUGAGCCCAAAAAUGCUGCUAUCAUCGUCGAGGCUGAUGGGAUUUCUCUUAUAAUAAAAUGUUUAUCAAGCCCUGUGCGGAACACUGUGAAUUACGCGCUGGGGGCUUUGUAUUACAUGUGUGACUAUAACAGAGCAACAAGGGAGGAGAUUGUGAGAGAAGAAGUGGUUGAACUCAUCCAGAGGUACGCAGCAGCUGAAACGGUUAGUGUAAGUUUUAGUAACUUGGCUAAGGCUUUUCUUGAAAAACAUGUUCAUGCAAACACAUAGAGAGAAAUAUUUUCUAUUGUUGAUCCUAUUGUGUUGGAUUCAGCUUGAAAAAUAGCAAAAAUUGUAUAGCAAAAGGCCAAAAAGCAAACACUAAGUGUUUAGUUGUGUUUUGCCCCCUUCUAUCUCUCUCUCUCUCUCUCUCGCUCUAUGUUUCUUGUUCCCU